GUUUCGGGUGCCACCUGUUCCCACCUGGCCAGUUGUACCUCGUGCUGUCAGAUAUUGCGCCCUUGAUAUGACAGAGACGAACUAACUAGCACAGCACCCGGCGCCUUGUAUCACCAUAUUAACACAAACGCGGUCCUUCUGCGGCGAGUACGUCCUCCAAGUCCUAACAGAAAGCAACUGCGGCACAAUGAUAGCCCACGAAGCCCCUGCACCGACGGCCAAGGCUGGAUCACAGCGGGUACAAAUCAGCAUCCCCCAAGCCUCCGUGGCCGACAACGCUCCACUAGUCGCCCGGCUCACCGACCUCAUCAACGCAGUGUACACAGAAACAGAGGAGGGCCUGUUCGCCCCUAGCUACCGGCGGACCAGCCGCGACGAGGUCCGGCAGCUCUUGAAGCGGCGAGAGCUCGCCCUCGCCUUUCUUCUCCCGGUCUCCCUGGCCUCACCCUGUCGCUGCGAUCCACCAGAAGCAGAAGCCCCCGUGUCGGACGCAGAGACCGUCAUCGGCUGCAUCCGCAUCGUCUCCCUGUCGCCCACCCACGGCGACUUCGGCAUGUUGGCGUGCGACGCCGCCUACCGGGGCCGCGGCGCGGGCCGCGCGCUCGUUGAAUUCGCCGAGGAGCACUGCCGCGUCGCGCUCGGCAAGACGGCCAUGCAGUGCGAGCUGCUGGUGUCGCGCGCCUUCGACCACCCGUUCAAGGCGCGCAACCAGGCCUGGUACGAGCGCAUGGGCUACCGCGUCGUCGGCCGGCUCGACUUCGCGGCCGAGCACCCCCAUCUUGCGGGCCAUUUGGUCACCGAGGGGGAGCUGCGCGUUUUCGAGAAGACGCUGGUCGUUUGAAUGGGGACGUGCGGAUCCAGGUUCGGUUGCGUUGCGUUGCGUUGGAGGGCCAUGCUGCGCAGGCCACGCGGGUUCUCUAUCGCCGAGACUCAUUUCAUCUUGUUACCACAAGCCUACGGCACAGCUCAUACCUUAUUUGUAAAAUUUGGGUUCGACUGCCCAAGUUCUAGUCAUUGGGAACACGGAACGUGGCCCGGUGAUGUGCGCCGCAGCCAACGAACGGGAACGACGG